AUGGUGCACGUGUCAAACAGUAGCGAUGAUAGAGGCGUAGUCGGCUUCUCACUAUCUUACCAACGUUUCACUUUCAACCUGGAAAAAUCGAUCGCUAUAAUACUACGUCAUUUAGCGGCACCACAGCAGAUAUGCAGGUGGCCGUACUGUGGGUACAUAUCGCAUCACCGCCCGCCCGCAAUUUCGCGUAAAAUUGGCAGCGUGUGGCGGGCGGGCGGCGGCAGCGGCGCGGAGCGUCGCUCCCGAAAUAGUGUUCGGGCGCGGUCGUAUGCUUUCGGGAACGGCGCUCCAGUCGCCGUGUGGCCGCGCGCGCGCACCCGCGUUGCCUCGCCAGCCGUGUUGACGCCGCACAAGGUUCCGGCUGACAGCGAGCCGUUCGGUGCACGAGUUGAGGGUGCGCGUAUUUUGGUCGCAAGAAGGCCCCAGGCCGCGUCGGGCGCUGUGCCCGCGCGCUGGCCGCCGUGCUCUGGUGGUGGUGCGUGGCGCUGCUGCGGCUGGUCGUGCUCUGUGCGCCUCCCCCCGGCCCGUCCGCCCGCGCCGCGGAAGAUGUGCCGUCGGCGAUCGCUUAUCCGAACGCGCCCUCCAACACCACUGAGUCGACGCCGCCACCACCGCCCGACACGCCCUCAUACACCGUUAUAGUGGCAGCGUGGACAGUGACGUGUGCCAGCGACUUGCACCGCCGCAGCAGCGCGUCUCGGGUGCCAGAAAUAAACCGCAAAACACGACGAAAACAAUCGAGACCGCGCUUGCCCCUUCGCGCGCGCGCAAAAAUGACGGGAAAUAUGCACACGCGUCGAGGUAACCGACUCGGUACGCACAGUGAAAGUCUUAACUGUUUCACUACAAGAAAACAAAUCGCA